AUGCACUUCUCAACCGUCCUCCCCGUCGCUCUUAUCGCUCUCCCCACCAUCCUCGCCUCCCCAACACCGCACUACUACCCCACCACACCUCAAGCACCAUUCUGCCCCCCCAAACCCGCCACCCCCAGCCAACAACACGCCAUUUUCUUCGACUUCAUCAACAAGCUCUACACCCUCGAGGACCCCACGACCGCCUACCUGACCUACGUCUCCCCAGACUACAUCAACCACUCACCCUACGCACCCCAAGGGCGCGCAGCCGCCAUCGCCUUCCUCAACUAUCUGAUCCCGAGCGUGAACCGGACGAUUGUGCACGAGACGUUUGAAGGAGGGAUUGGAUUUGUGCAUUUGAAUGUUGCAGGAGGCCAGAUGGCGGUGGCGGAUGUGUUUAGGCUGGAUGGGACGUGCGUCAUGGAGCAUUGGGAUGUGGAUCAGGCGAGGCCUGCUAAUGCUACGAACCCGCUUGCGCUGUUUUGA